CAGAGUAAAGAGAAUCUGUAUUGUGCAUUCUUUUUGGAAUCGAAAGUAAAACUGAUCAAGAGGUAACCAUAAGUGCAACUUUAUUCUAGAAUGUCAGAUACAUAUUCAAAUGAAAUAACAGAAAUUGAAGCAGAUGAAGGUUUAAAUGAUUUCUUCUACUUUCUGGAAGGACACGGAAUUGUUGAUUUAAUGAAUGGAAUGAGGGUAAGAACAAAACCAGAACUUUCAGAAAACUUAAAAUGUUUUAAAGCUGAAAGAUGGAAAGCUGAAGAAAGGAAUAUGUAUCUAAAUGAGUUAAGUUUCCCGUCUGGUUUUAAGCUUGUUACUGAUAUCUAUAAAAUAUCAAUCAAAUUAGAGAACAGUGGUUUAGAAAAGGCAAGCGAUCCCUCGGAAAGGAAACGUUUAGAAAAGGCAAGCGAUCCCUCGGAAAGGAAACGUUUAGGAAAAAGACAAUGUUUGUACUCACUUCGGGAUUGUUAUAAAGACCAUAGUGAUUUCCAAGUUCCAGUGGACGACACAUAUAUCAAAGAUGGUGAUAUAAACCAUUACUGGGCAUUAAUUGAAGAUGGUGAAAAUCAGUGGAAAAAAAUUCCCGCGAGGAUAACGUUUGAUUUUAUUGAAUUCCCGUGUCGUCGACUUAACAGUUUCCUGAUUGUUUCUAGCCCAAAGAAGCUCAAACAUGUCGUUUGUCCAGAAGGAUCAACAACAAACACUGGAAAAGACAAUGGUAUGACUGUCCAAUUUGAAAAGGGUUGUGUUAAUCAAGAACUUACGUUGGAAUAUACGGUGCAAAGACCAUGUGGAAAAUACACAUGCAACGAUUCAAAUUCAACAACACAAGUAAAAGCUGUCAGCCAUAAAUUAACCUUAGAUUAUAAGAAUGCGAAAUUAAAAAGGUCAAUUAAUAUAAAAGCAAGACUUAACAAUGACUCUAAUGAUACUGGAGACUCAGACUCUGUCGACGAUUCCAGUGUUCAAAUGAUACUAUUCAAGCAGGGCAAACUCACUUUUCAAAGUCCAACACGUCUGACUACUGGAGAAUAUACUGGACAAAUAAUAGAUUCAGAGGAAAGCGUACUGUUUGCAAGAAUCAAACGACAUAAAAAUCUUACAGCAGAAUUAUCAGAGGAGCUGGAACUAUUUUAUGGUAACAGAAUGCUUUGCAACAUUUUGCUGUUCUACGAAAAGAAACAAGGAAAGACCAUCCACUUGAUCACAGAAUGUUGUUUGAAACAACAUGCGCAGUUUCUAUGUGCAGAGCACCAAAAAGAUGGGAAAGUUAGGGUUUUUGCUUCAAAAGAUGUGUUUUUACCUCCUCAUCAGAGAAUUCGAAUUCGCCCAGACGGAUGUUUAAGACCGAGAACAACAAGAAAAAGUCAUCCACACUCAUUUUUGUAUUUCAUGUAUAUGGCAAAAGAUAAUUUUACAACCUUCUCAGUGGAGUUCUGGGGUACACUGGGAAAUGCGAUGAAUGCAGUCAUAGAGUUUUCUGCUGAUAAUCAGAAACGAGGUGAUCUCGCGAAAGCAGAUUUCAACAUAAAUGGUAUCCUUGUUCCAAAAUAUUUUGAAAGAGCCAACACUAUGAUAUAAAAUAGUUAGUUUCGUUCGUGAAUCAGAAUGAUGAUUAUUUCAUCAGUAUGAUAUUUUGAUACAUUUAAUUGUAACAGUGGAGUACCUUUUAUGCUCAUUUUGUUUGAGUUCAUGCGGUUUCAAAUAAAAUUUCAAAAUGUAGUGAUGUAAUGAUAUAUUCAAGGGAUAAGAAAGGCUUUGUUAUAUUUUCAU